GCAAGGGAAGAGGGGGGGGAAAGAGGAGGAGAGGGAUUUGAAGAGAAUAUGCCAUGGUUAUGUUGGAGUCAGACAUUCUGAGAUGCCAAGUCGGUUUAAGCUAUCUCUUCCUUUUUCAUUUUUAUUUUCUUUCACAUGCUCUCUUCUCUUUUCCGCCCAUUUCUGUUCUCGCGCUUCUGCUCUCUCUCUCUCUCUUUCACUCGCUUUCUCCCUCAGGAUCCUGGAGUUGGUCUUUGUGGUGUACUGGUUAAAACUUUGAAUUCAUUUUGUUAAGAGUGGAGUAGUGCGAGGUUGCUCAAUGGGUUCUGAUAGGUUGCUAGACAGCCUCCGAAUGGAGAGAGUGAGGACGAUUUUUACACAUACAUAUCCUUAUCCUCAUGAGCAUUCACGUCAUGCAAUCAUUGCGGUGGUUGUGGGUUGCUUGUUUUUCAUCUCUUCAGAUAACAUGCAUACUCUCAUAGAAAAACUGGACAACAAUGUUAAGUGGUGGUCUAUGUAUGCCUGCUUACUUGGUUUCUUUUAUUUCUUUUCUUCACCAUUUUUGGGGAAGACUAUCAAACCCAGCUAUUCAAAUUUCAGCAGAUGGUACAUAGCUUGGAUUUUAGUUGCAGCUCUGUAUCAUCUCCCUAGUUUUCAGUCAAUGGGAGUUGAUUUGAGGAUGAAUUUAUCCUUGUUUUUGACGAUAUAUGUAUCUUCCAUUUUGUUUCUUCUAGUAUUCCACAUUAUUUUUCUUGGCUUAUGGUAUGUUGGUCUUGUUUCUCGUGUUGCUGGAAAGAGGCCCGAGAUCUUGACCAUUUUCCAAAACUGUGCAGUUCUUAGCGUAGCCUGCUGUGUAUUUUAUAGCCACUGUGGUAACCGUGCUAUUUUGAGAAAUAAACCAUUUGCAAGAAGAAACUCUGGUUGGUUUUCUUUUUGGAAAAAAGAGGAGAGAAGCACAUGGCUGGCAAAUCUCAUCCGGAUGAAUGAAUUAAAAGAUCAGUUCUGUUCAUCUUGGUUUGCUCCGGUUGGGUCAGCAAGUGAUUAUCCACUUCUAUCCAAGUGGGUUAUUUAUGGGGAGUUAGGUUGUAAUGGGAGUGGAUGUGCAGGUUCAUCUGAUGAAAUUUCUCCUAUAUACUCAUUAUGGGCCACUUUUAUUGGUCUAUACAUUGCCAAUUAUGUUGUGGAAAGGUCGACAGGGUGGGCUCUUUCUCAUCCAUUGUCUGUUCAAGAGUAUGAGAAGUUGAAGAAGAAACAGAUGAAGCCUGAUUUUUUGGAUAUGGUUCCUUGGUACUCAGGAACAUCUGCUGACUUGUUCAAGACUGUCUUUGACCUCUUGGUAUCAGUAACUGUAUUUGUUGGUCGCUUUGACAUGCGAAUGAUGCAGGCAGCAAUGACUAAAGUUGAAGAUGGAGCACAACAAGGAGAUCUUUUGUAUGAUCAGUUAAGCGAGAAGGAAGAUCUGUGGUUUGACUUCAUGGCUGAUACUGGAGAUGGUGGCAACUCAUCAUAUGCUGUUGCCCGAUUACUUGCCAAGCCUUCCAUUCAGCUUACUAGAGGUGAUUCUGUGCUUCCCCUACAGCGUGGAACCUUACUUCUUAUAGGAGGGGAUCUUGCAUACCCUAAUCCAUCAGCAUUCACAUACGAGAAACGCCUCUUUUGUCCCUUUGAAUAUGCUCUACAGCCUCCGCCAUGGUAUAAACAAGAGCAUGUAGCUGUAAACAAGCCUGAGCUACCUGUUGGGGUGUCUGAUCUGAAGCACUAUGAUGGACCUCAAUGUUUUAUUAUUCCUGGAAACCAUGAUUGGUUUGAUGGACUUCAUACUUUCAUGAGAUACAUAUGUCACAAGAGCUGGUUGGGAGGGUGGUUUAUGCCACAGAAGAAGAGCUAUUUUGCAUUGCAACUUCCUAAAAGAUGGUGGGUUUUUGGUCUUGAUCUAGCACUCCAUAAUGAUAUUGAUGUGUACCAGUUCAAAUUCUUUUCGGAAUUAAUAAAGGAGAAGGUUGGUGAAAAUGACUCGGUGAUCAUUAUGACACAUGAACCAAAUUGGCUACUUGAUUGGUACUGGAAUAGUGUUUCUGGAAAAAAUGUCUCGCACCUGAUAUGCAAUUAUUUGGAAGGAAGGUGCAAGCUUCGAAUAGCUGGGGACUUGCAUCAUUAUAUGCGUCAUUCAUAUGUUCCAUCAAAUGGGCCUGUUCAUGUGCAACAUUUACUUGUAAAUGGUUGUGGUGGAGCUUUUUUACAUCCCACCCAUGUCUUUAGUAAUUUCAAAGAAUUGUAUGGAACUAACUAUGAGACCAAGGCUGCCUAUCCUUCAUUAGAAGAUUCAAGCAGGAUUGCAUUAGGAAAUAUUUUGAAGUUCCGAAAGAAAAACUGGCAAUUUGAUUUCAUCGGUGGCAUUAUAUACUUUGUGUUGAGCUUUUCUAUGUUUCCACAGUGUAAGCUCGACCACAUUUUGCAAGAUGAUACAUUUUCUGGCAACUUGUGGAGUUUCUUUGGUACAGUGUGGAAUUCUUUUAUGUACCUGCUGGAGCACUCUUAUGUGUCCUUGUCAGGUCUUGUGGUGUUGCUAAUUGCGGCAAUUGCAUUUGUCCCACCCAAAGUGUCUCGGAAGAAACAGGCAAUUAUUGGGAUUCUUCACGUUUCUUCACACCUUGCAGCAGCCCUAAUUCUUAUGUUGCUUUUGGAACUGGGUGUUGAGAUGUGUAUCAGACAUAAUCUACUAGCAACAUCAGGUUAUCACACUUUAUAUCAGUGGUACCGAUCAGUGGAAAGUGAGCACUUUCCAGAUCCUACAGGUCUUCGGUCCCGUAUAGAACAAUGGACGUUUGGCCUUUAUCCGGCUUGCAUCAAAUAUCUCAUGUCUGCAUUUGAUGUUCCUGAGGUCAUGGCUGUCACACGGAGUAAUAUUUGCAAGAAUGGGAUCCAGUCACUGUCAAGAGGGGGUGCUGCCAUCUAUUAUGCUUCUGUCUUCCUUUACUUCUGGGUCUUUUCAACACCCGUCGUUUCUUUGGUUUUCGGAAUUUACUUGUACAUCUGCAUUAACUGGUUUCACUUGCAUUUUGAUGAAGCCUUCUCCUCGCUCCGAAUUGCUAAUUACAAGGCCUUCACUCGAUUUCACAUCAAUAAGGAUGGAGAUCUUGAAGUUUUCACCCUUGCUGUUGACAAGAUCCCAAAGGAAUGGAAACUGGAUUCUAAAUGGGAUACAGAACUGAAGCAGCCGCAGCAGAUGAGUCACCACCGACUAUUCCCUAGCAAAUGGCGUGCAGCUACAUCUCAGCAGGACCCACUAAAUACUGUUAAAAUAGUUGACCACUUUGUUAUUCGACAAACAGAAAACUCGGACAUUGGAGCAAGUAAUGGAUCAGUCGUUCGUUGAUCCAGCUUUUGCUAAAAUUUGUAACAUAAUUGUAAUCUCAUCAUUUAGGAAGCAAUAGGGGGAUGGAAAAGAAAAUUAGUUCUGGAAUUGAUUUCCAUUCUAUUUCUAAUUCCUGAUCUAUUGAUUGGCCGUUAGAAUUAGUGCAUCUGUAUAGUAGUUCAAGCUCCUCUCAAACCAUCGUUAGGUGAUCUAAUAUUUUAGGUUCAUUGCCUUUUAGAUUAUUUGCAGAACAUGACAGUGGUGGAGCUUCCAAGGGCAAUGUGGGCCGUGGCCCCAUAUAUAUAUGUAUGUAUUCUCAUCCCUAAGUUAAAGAUAUUUUACUCAAAGUCAUUGUCAAUAUGGGGAAGUUAAAAUUAUUUUA